AUGGCCAGCGCUGCUGACGACGCCGCUGUCGCUGCAGCAGAGGACGCACCUCCAGCGAAACGCGCCAAAACUAUAUCAGCAGUAGCAUCAGCAGUAGCAGUAGCUGUGCGCACGUGUCAAUUCUGUGCCAACAAGAAGCAAGUAGCUGCCAGUUGUGUGAACGUGGCGUGCAAGAAGUGCUGCCUCGCACGCGCUCAGGUGUGCGCGACGCAUCCAAAAGAGGAGGAGAAACCCGAGCCGGAGCCCUCGCGGUCGAAGAAACCCGUGCUCAAGAAUGAGUUCCGAGAGCCGAACUUUCACUACUAUGGCGAGACUGUGACAAUCUUUUGUGUGCGGGACUUUUUCGAGAACAAGAAACUGAGCCAGGGCGUGCUCAAGGACCAGGAGCGCACACAGCGAGCGAGUGGCAACGCGCAGGGAGCUCGUCGUCGAAAGAAGAGCGCUCGAGGCUCGAGGAUCCAAGAGUCGAUUCAGUGUGCAUUGGGGAAGAGACCGUCGCCCAUAGGCUAUCAAGAGGUUGACAACCCCAGUUGA